AUGAGACAAAAAGAUGACCAACCAUUUAUUGAACAAUUAAAUAAAUUCAGAACCGGUUCACAGACUGAUGAAGAUGUUCAGUGCAUUCAAUCCAGGUCAACAAGUCCAUUGGAUGAUAACUACCCAACAGAUUCUUUACAAAUAUGGGCUGAGAAUAAUCCUGUUACACAACAUAACAAUGCAAAACUAAAGGUCAGACUGACAGCCAUUGAUCAACAUCCAGCCAAUAUUUCAAAGCAAGAUAUUGAUAGAGUACUAGCAACAGGAAGAUCAGAGACAGGUGGACUUGAUCAUAACAUCUUUGUCAAAGAAACAGCCAGAGUUAUGUUAACCACUAAUAUUGACAUAGCAGACAGGCUUAUUCAUGGUCAAAUGGGUACAAUUAUCAAAAUUAAUAUGAAUAGGAACAAAAAAAAAACAUCAAUAAUAUAUAUUAAAUUUGAUGACAGUUUGGUUAGAAAGGCCUUAAUUGACAAAUGCAAUAAUACAUUUGCUAAACAAAACAGAUUAGUACCCAUUGAACCUAUCCUAGCAAGAUUCAGGAUAAGACCUGUCCAAGAGAAGGAAAAGAAAAUAAAAGCAUUGUGCUUUUCACCGAGUAAACAUAAAGCCAAUGUGGAAACCAAAGCCGAAGGUGGCAAACCAUCCAAAUUAACCAAAUGUACCUACCACGUAACAGAAGAAAAUGUAAUUUGGGUGAACGCAGCUACGCAAAUCAACCAUGCCUUGGAAGCGAACGUUGAUUUUCCUUGCGACACCGAUAACAACUAA